CCUCUGUGACACUUUCUCUCUCUUCUGUUUUUUCUCUCUACCGCUAUCUCCCUCCAACCCAAUUCCUCUUCUUCUUUUGUACCUUCUUUCCUCUCUCUCUUUUUUUUUUUUUCUUUUCAAAGAAAAAAUCUUUACCUUAGAUACCACAACCCCUUUUGUUUUCUCGCCUCAAAUUUGCAGCUACAAUCUCAUUUCUUAGUUCUGAGCAGCAUGGUUUCACUUGAAGCUUCAUAUGCUAUAUGCUAUGUGUUGUUGCUUCUUGUCACUUUGAGUUUGGCUGGGGACAUAGUACACCCUGAUAAUAUUGCUCCCAAGAGGCCUGGCUGUGACAACAACUUUGUUCUGGUUAAAGUUCCAACUUGGAUUGAUGGCGUGGAAAACUGUGAAUAUGUUGGUGUUGGUGCAAGAUUUGGCCCUACAUUGGAAUCGAAAGAAAAACAUGCUAACCAUACUAGAGUUGCCAUUGCAGACCCUCCUGAUUGUUGCAGCAAGCCUAAGAACAAGCUCACUGGCGAGAUCAUUUUGGUGCACCGAGGACAAUGUAGUUUCACAACCAAGGCAAAUAUAGCUGAAGAAGCUGGUGCUUCAGCCAUCCUCAUUAUAAAUUAUCGUACAGAACUUUUCAAGAUGGUUUGUGAAGAGAAUGAAACUGAUAUUGAUAUUGGAAUACCUGCUGUCAUGCUUCCACAAGAUGCUGGUGAAAACUUGGAAAAUCAUAUACAAAACAAGUCCAUAGUGUCUGUGCAGUUAUACUCUCCACUGCGUCCGAUGGUUGAUGUUGCAGAAGUGUUUUUAUGGCUUAUGGCCGUCGGUACCAUUCUCUGUGCUUCUUAUUGGUCUGCGUGGACUGCUAGAGAGGCUUCCAUUGAGCGGGAGAAGCUAUUAAAGGAUGCUUCAGAUGAAUAUGUAAAUACAGAGAAUGCUGGUUCCAGUGCUUAUGUGGAAAUCAGUACUGCAGCAGCAAUUUCAUUUGUUGUUAUCGCUUCUUGUUUCUUGCUUAUGCUUUACAAAUUCAUGGCAUCUUGGUUUGUUGAAGUUUUGGUGGUUCUAUUCUGCAUUGGUGGGGUUGAGGGACUGCAAACUUGCUUGGUGGCUCUGUUGUCAUGUUUCAGAUGGUUUGAACAUGCUGGACAAACAUAUGUGAAAAUACCCUUCCUUGGAGCUGUAUCAUAUCUGACACUCGCUGUUACUCCCUUCUGCAUAGUGUUUGCUGUGCUUUGGGGUGUUUAUAGACAUGUAUCAUUUGCUUGGAUUGGUCAAGAUAUUCUUGGUAUUGCAUUGAUAAUUACAGUUCUUCAGAUUGUCCGCAUACCAAAUCUCAAGGUUGGAACUGUUCUUCUCAGUUGUGCCUUCCUAUACGACAUCUUCUGGGUGUUUGUCUCUAAAUGGUGGUUCCAUGAGAGUGUGAUGAUAGUGGUAGCUCGAGGUGAUAGGAGUGGAGAAGAUGGUAUUCCCAUGCUACUCAAGAUACCACGUCUGUUUGAUCCUUGGGGUGGUUACAGCAUCAUUGGUUUUGGGGACAUAAUCUUACCAGGGCUUCUAGUAGCAUUUUCACUAAGGUAUGAUUGGUUGGCAAAGAAGAACCUUCGGGCUGGAUACUUCUUGUGGGCAAUGACUGCUUAUGGUUUAGGUCUCCUUAUCACAUACGUGGCUUUGAACUUGAUGGAUGGGCAUGGUCAACCAGCUUUGCUAUAUAUAGUCCCAUUUACACUUGGAACCUUUUUGUCAUUGGGGAAGAAGAGAGGUGAACUCAAGAUUUUAUGGGCAAGAGGGAAACCAGAAAUGCCUUGUCCUCACAUCCAAGAGGAUAGUCAAUCAACAAACCAGUAAUCCCCAGCAGAAUAGUAUGUUAGGUAUUAGUUUACAGGAGACUUAUAGCAAAUCUUAGGAGAUUAUGUAACUUUGUCAUAACAAAAUAUUAUAGCAUGUACUUAAAUUAGCAGCUAUGACUUGAGAUAUUCUCCAACUGUUAGAUGUCGAAGGACACAUGGAACUGUUUAUUGUAAGAUUAGAUCUUUUUUAUUUGAUAGAAGAUGAUAUGGGGUCAUGUGAUUUAAGAGAUUCCAUUUCCUGGUUUGCCGUAAGGUGGUGGUUUUUUUAUUAUUGAUUAUCUUUUACAAGUUUGCUUCCAUGAGGGUCUAACAAAAAUGAAGUCUUUGUCAAGCAAAUGGCAAGAAGCCAAUUGAGAUUCACAGAGAACUUCAAAUCAACGGAGAUAAGACUGAAGAUGGAUUGAAACACUUAAAGAUGCUGUUUAGCA